AUGAAGGUCUUUGUCGCUCUUUUGUUAUUGGCUGCUUUUGCUGCUGCUGAAUUCACGAAGGAGCAUGAACAAGCAUGGAUCGACUUCAAAGUUGAACAUGGAAAGAUGUUUUUGUCUCCGGGCAAGGAAAAGAAGCGUAAAGAAGCAUUUGUCAACAACUAUGAUCGGAUUCACGAACAUAACAAGGCAUUUGAACGAGGAGAAGCUAAAUACAAACUUUCCAUAACUCGUCAUGCUGAUUUGACAUUUGAUUCGUUCAAGAAACGUUUCACGGGAGUUAUGCGUCCUGAAGUGAACGAAAACACGCCUCGUGUAACAUUGCGUGGAUUUCCUCCAAGAACACUCGAUUUGCGCCCAAAUAAAGGCAAUGCUCCAAUUAAAGAUCAGAAUCCAUGCGGUUCAUGUUGGGCUUUCUCGACUCUCGCUGCUGUUGAAUACGCUUAUUGGCAAUUGAAUGGAGAUACUGUCGAUUUGUCGGAACAACAUUUAGUUGACUGCGCAUACGGGCGAGAUGGUUGUGCAGGCGGAUGGAUGUCAGAAGUUAUGGAUUGGAUGGCACAAGUGAACGUUGCACUUGAAGGAGAGUAUCCGUAUACAAGGAAAUUCAGAGGAUGCCCAUAUGAUCCCAUACGUACAAAUAGUCCCGUGCAAAUGGAUGCAAAUGUUUAUGGAAAAGCGCACGAAUACAUCGCAGAUGAUGACGAAGAGAUCAAGAAAGCUCUUGCUACUUAUGGUAUUCUCGCAGUUUGCGUUGAUGUUCAAGAUUGGAACUUCCUCGAAGAUGGAUUCAGUCAAAUUUUGACGAAACGCGAUACAUACAAUUUGAAAUGUGAACAUGCUGUCAACUUGGUUGGAUAUGACAUUGGUAGAGAUCCUUCGGGUAACGAAGUUCCUUAUUGGAUUGUCAAGAAUCAAUGGGGCACAAACUUCGGGCAUAACGGAUACAUUUACCUUGAUGGAAGACGUGAUUCGCGCGGAAAGAACCGCGGAGGACUUUUUACUGAUACCGUCAUUAGAGCACGUGUUAAACGCAAUGGCGGAAGAGGAAAACAUCCCAAAAAACAUGGAAAUCAUUGGUAA